AUGAGGGGAACUGUUGUUGAUACUCCAGGACUCUUUGACACGUCACUGUCAAAUGAACUCGUAGCAGAAGAAAUAAUGAAAUGUGUUUCACUCUCGUCACCUGGACCUCAUGUGUUUGUCAUUGUGUUGAGUGUGGCAAGAUUCACACAGGAAGAAACAGACACUAUGGAUCUGAUAAAGAAGAUAUUUGGUCCAAAAGCUGCUCAGUUCAGCAUCGUUCUGUUCACUAGAGGAGACGAUCUUGAUGAAGAGUCUAUAGAGGAUUAUGUGAGGCAAAGUAAUUCUGCUGAACUGAAGAAACUGAUCAGAGAUUGUGGAAACAGAUUCCUGGCUUUCAGUAACAGAGAAAAACAAGACAGAACUCAAGUGAUUCAACUGUUAAAGAUGAUAGAAGAGGUGAAGAACAGUAAUGAGGGUCGAUACUUCACUAACAGCAUGUUUGAGGAGGCAGAGAUGUCCAUUAAGAAGAGAAUGGAGGAAAUACUGAAACAGAGAGAAAAAGAAAUACAGGCUCAAAAUGAGAAACUGAGAGCCAAAUACGAGACAGAAAUGGAAGAGCUCAAGAAAAGACUGGAAGAAAAGAAAAUAAAAGCAGAUGAGGAAAGAAAACAAAGAGAGAAUGAGUUCAGACAAAAAGAGGAAAAAAUGAUGAAAAAAUUUGAUGAAAAACACAAAACAGAACAGAAUAAAAGAGAGAUUGAAAACCAGAAACGAUCAGAGGAGGAAAAACAGCAAAGAGCUGAAUAUGAUGGAAAAAUAGAAGAAAUGAAGAGAGAGAUUGAAAAUCAGAGAUUGCAGUAUGAAAAACAGCAGAAAGAAAGAGAAGAACAAGAUAGAAAGAGAGAAGAGAAAUACAAACAAGAUCGAGAAAAGAUGAAACAUGAACAAGAAUGUGUUAUGACACAGUUAAAGAUGAAAGAAGAAGAAGAAAUAAAAAAGAGAUUUGGAGGAGAAAAGAAGAAAUGAACAAGAAGAGAAAGAGAGACAAGAAUGGGUGAGAAAAAUAAAAGAGGCUGAAAUUGACAGAAAAGAGACUCAAGAGGAAAUUAAACGACAGCAGAGAGAAUGGGAGGAUGAAAAGAAACGACAGAUAAGAGAACGAGAGGAAGA